GUAAGGCGCUAGUUUCGGCAUAUGGCGGCUGGUGCUCCGAGUUCUCCAGCAGACGACAAUAAGUCAUGGCGUAGUGAGUUCGGACGCAUGAAUCGUACAGUGCCUUGAUGUGUGUGCGUCACUACCAUGACUUAUGACUUUUUCUUGUGGAACCAUUCGAAAGAGUGAAUAUUUGAAAAAUAUACCUGAUGUCUGCCUACUUAACUACUUAUUCCGUUCAGCUUUACGUCGGGGUCGGGGCGUUAAGCCUGCCGGUCGUCAGUUACAACGUUUUACGAGGUCUAAGGUUUCUGGAGCAAUCGCAGCCGCGAGGUGGGACCGGCCGAGUGGUAAUCCUCUAGUUCUCCCGCACAAGCACUGCGAGCAGGGCGCAGCUUUUCGCUAAUCCGGGGCGGUUCGAUCCUUGAUCAUGGAGAAAGAGAAACUUAAGGAUCCAGAGGAGGAGGAGGAGGAGGAGGAGGACGACGACGAGGAGGAGGAAGAGGAGGAAGAGGAGGAGGAGGAGGACGACGACGACGAAGUUGGCACGAUCAACAAAGCUGCCACCUUUCCAGAGAUGGAACGCACUCAAACUGGACGGAAAACGAGCAUCUUCAAGUACUACUCCUUUGAGGAGAAGGGAAAGGACGCAAUGUCGGGCUCGUCGAAGAGGCCAGGCCCCCUUAUCGGAGUAAUUGAUGUCGGCACGCGAACCGUACGCUUUGCGGUGUUCAAGGCGAAGCAGGUGACAGAGAUAGUCUCCCACCAGAUAGAUAUAGAAGAAAUCAACCCUCGCGAAGGAUGGGUGGAGCAAGAUCCGAGGGAGGUGUUGUUCGCGGUGAAGGCGUGCAUCAAGGACGUCGUGAAAAAGUUGGAGGCCCGCAGCCUGAAAGUGGAGGACAUCGUGACGAUCGGUAUCGCAAACCAGAGGGAAACGACUAUCGCGUGGGACGCGAACACUGGCGAGCCAUUAUAUAACGCGAUAGUAUGGUCCGACAUCAGGACCGUCUCGAUCGCCGAUCAGAUAAUCGCCAAGUUCCCGGAUCAAAGUAAGAACCAUAUAAAGCCACUAUGCGGUCUACCGGUCAGCAGUUAUUUCUCUGCGUUGAAAAUCCGCUGGAUGAAGGAGAAUGUCACCGCCGUUAGAAAAGCAAUAUGGGACCAGCGGUGCAAAGUGGGCACCAUGGACACCUGGAUCGUAUGGAAUUUAACCGGCGGCAAAGAUGGCGGAUUAUACAUCACCGACGUGACCAACGCCUCGAGGACCAUGCUGAUGAACAUAGAGACACUGUCGUGGGAUCCCACGUUGUGCAGGUACUUCGAUAUACCCAUGCCGAUGCUGCCAGAGAUCAGGAGCAGCUCCGAAAUUUACGGGACCAUAGCGAUCGAUCCGCUGAAGGGCAUCCCCAUAUCGGCUAUUUUAGGUAAUCAGCAAGCAGCGUUGGUUGGGCAAAACUGUUUGAAGAAAGGUCAAGCUAAGAACACUUACAGGAGCGGGUGUUUUUUGUUGUGUAAUACUGGAACAACGAGGGUGUAUUCUUCUCACGGAUUGGUCACGACUGUGGCGUACCAGUUCGGCCCGAAAAGUCCUGCGGUUUAUGCGUUGGAAGGGUCGGUUGCAGUGGCAGGGGCAGCCAUAAAAUGGUUGCGCGACAACAUGAAGAUUAUAAAGGAUGUCCGCGAGAGCGAAAAUAUGGCUGAAACCGUUUUCACCACCGGAGAUGUAUACUUCGUGCCCGCUUUUACGGGUUUAUACGCUCCAUAUUGGAGAAAAGAUGCUAGAGGAAUUAUUUGCGGUCUCACCGCGUUUACCACGAAGCAGCACAUAGUUAGAGCAUCGUUGGAAUCGGUCUGCUUCCAGACCAGAGAUAUUUUAGAAGCUAUGUACAAAGACUGCGGCUUUCCACCGACCAAGUUGCAUACGGACGGCAAAAUGACAACGAAUAACGUUCUUAUGCAAUUGCAAGCAGAUCUUUGUGGUACACCAGUAUUUAGGUCAACUAUGCCGGACAUCACUGCCUUAGGAGCGGCAAUGGCAGCGGGUAAUGCUGAGGGCAUUGGUGUCUGGGAACUAGAAUCAGCAGAGGGAGUUGAGACUGUACCAACGGAUACGUUCUUGCCGACCACGACACCAGAAGAGAGGGAUGCUAGAUACAAGAAAUGGAAGAUGGCAGUCGAAAGGAGUUUAGGAUGGGUUGAGAUUAAGAAAUCUGAAAGAAUGACAGAUGAGAGAUAUUGUGUUUUGGCGUCAAUCCCUGCGAGUUGGUUCUUGAUGACAAGCUUUGUCUUGUUACGAUUAAGUUAUUACGUAGAAAGUCGGUGACAGCACGUUCAGGUGAUCGAAGCUCAGGCUCUGUUAGAUGGCAGAUAGCCUACGUUUUCAUUGAAAGCGCAGAUAUCUGUGUAACUGGCAAGAAAAACUUAAUCAACGAUAGUAGUCCAAAAUACGGUUAACAAUUAUGCAAUUUCAAAAGAAAGAACUAGUACAAGAAACCGCUUCGUUGCGAUAGAAUCACUUAUACUUCCGGUCAAGCUUGGCAUGGAAGCACCAAGGUAGGAUAAAUUAAAAGAAAUGCAGAUUGACGAAGCGACUCUUCGACAAUUAAACUCAUUUCGAAUAAAAAUUGAAAAAAAAAACUAAAGUAUUAGGCACUGACAUGCACACAUAAUAAUUCAAAACUGGCACUGUAUUUUAUCAUCUCUUCAUUGCAAGAUAACGUGAUAUUUCGCAAAGCAUUAUUGUCGAUGUUCACUGUACAGGUGUAAGUUUUUACAAAUAAUUUUUUUACAUCUAUAAGUUUAUGGAAGUUAGGUCCUAUUAAAGUAUCGAUAAUGAGUGCGAUAUUUAUCUGAUUUUUACGUCCCCAUUUUCUUUUUGUAUUUCGACGUCUUUGUUACCUCGUAAAACAAUUUGUAUGUAUAUUACUUGAGAUCAUUGUAUUAUAACAGCGUACACAGAAAUACACGUUCGUCUUGUAACAACA